AUGACUGUCACUCGACGACCACUCUCACCCACCACGGCGUACACCCUAGCGCACACGGCACAAUGCAAGCUCAAACUGGCCGCCAACCGACCGGACCGGAAUCUGCGAUUCGUUCUCGGCCACGCAUUUACCCUGGACAACCUCAUGCUCCGGAUCGUCGAGAUCGAGAAUCAUAGCGCGGGAUCGGCGUUUCAAGAAGCCAACAAGGCCUCCAGCAAACACGCAGACGAGAAUUAUGACUGCACAGCUGCAGCCCAUCCUCAUCACGACCAUCACGAUAGUUCUCAAGGUCAUGAGCACUACGAUUGCACUCAAGUGGGACCGACGCCCGCUGAACCAGAACCUGAAGCUGAACCGGAGCCGUCAUCGGGCCGUGGUCGCAGUAUCAGUUUCCGAGACAACAACGCCCGCCCAUCAAGUACUGCCGGAGUCGGCUCUAACAAUGGACUCACUUCCAAUUCUCCCGGCCGGAAACGGUCGCCUCCGCCAACCUCAAUCUCCGCCGUUGACCAUACGUAUCUGGACGACGAUGGGUCCGGGGACACCACGUCUUCCGAUGACUACGAUGACCCCGAGACCAUUCAGUACAAUUAUGACUCUGGAGGCGCAGCUGCAGCUUCUGCUGCGGAGGAAUCUGAAGAAGCCCAGCACCCCAAACACCGGCCUGUCCAUGAUCCAUAUUCGGAUGAAGAAGACGCGGCUCUCGAGCUCGCAGACGACGAACUGGAGACGGAGGGGGAUGAUGGUGGCUUUGCAGAUGAGGAUGCGGACGAGGAGGAAGGUCUGGGCCUGCAACGCUUCGCCUCUGCAGCUGAUCAGCCGCCGCGCAUGAUCCGGUCCACGUCGUCUUCGUCUUCGUCUGAGGAGGAAGAUCCGAACGAGCCCGUCUCUCCGCCACAGUUGCCGUCAGAUAUCGAUGUCAAGGAGCUCGUCCAGGGUGAGCAGGACGACGAGCUGACCGAUCUGUAUGAGUCUGUGAGACGGUGUCGGUGUCAUGGUCAGAGAGAUAGGGCGGGAGGUGCUGCGUCGGGGGUCUGGGAUGUCCCUGUCGAGAAGACGGGCGGGAAGAGGUUUGCUGUUGUUGCUGUGGCUGCUUGA